AAAAGCCAUGUGGAAGCUGACUGGAGCUCAGUGAGUCCGCGCAUCGAGGAACGUAAACACACGAGAUGAUCUGGUCCUUGUUUCUGCUCGGACAAGCGGUCCUGUUUUAUUUUAUUCUCACACACAGAUCGAGAUCCAAGCGUGAUCCUCCUUUGGAUAAGGGAGUUAUCCCAUGGUUAGGCCAUGCACUGGAGUUUGGAAAAGAUGCUUUCAAGUUCUUAAACCGAAUGAAGCUGAAACACGGGGACAUUUUCACAGUGCGUGUAGCUGGACGAUAUGUGACGGUGCUGCUGGAUCCGCACUCGUACGACGCAGUGAUCAACGACUCCGACUCCUUGGACUUCACGCGCUAUGCCGAGGUGCUCAUGGACAGGAUCUUUGACCUGCGCCUCCCACAACACCAGCCGGCAAAAGUCCAUGCAUUGAUGAAGAAGCAUUUCUUGGGAGUGAAUUCUGCCGCCGUGAACAGCACCACGAGCAGACACCUGCUGGCCUCGUUGGAAGCCGAGACUCACAACCAGAAAGACUGGAAGGACGAGGGACUGUUCAGCUUUUCUUACAGUUUACUCUUCAAGGUGGGGUACCUGACACUGUUUGGAGGAGAGCAAAACAACAACAGCACAGACCCCUUGAGUGUCUAUGAGGAGUACAAGAAGUUUGAUGGCCUGUUAACCAAAAUGGCGAGGGGCACGCUGAAGCCAGAGGAGAAGAGGACGGCCCAGGGUGUCCGGCAGAGGCUGUGGGAGCUUCUGGCUCCAGCAGGUCGGACGGAGGACUCGGGGUCGAGCCCUUGGCUUCACGACUACAGGAGGCUCCUGCAGGAGGGUGGGGCCGAUGAAGAGACGCAGGAGAAAGCUGUGCUGAUGCAACUUUGGGCCACGCAGGGUAAUAUCGGUUCUGCUGCAUUUUGGCUCUUGGGCUACUUAUUGACAAACCCUGAAGCUCUGGCAGCUGUGAAAAGGGAGUUCAGCAGGAUGUCAGAAAUGAAAACCUCACCGCUGGACAGAACUAUGGACACGCCUGUGUUUGAUAGUGUCUUGGAUGAGACACUGAGACUCACUGCUGCCCCCUUCAUCACCAGAGAGGUAGUACAGGAAAAGACUCUCACCAUGGCGAAUGGCCAAGAGUACCUGCUACGGAAAGGAGACAGGGUGUGUUUGUUCCCCUUCAACAGCCCUCAAAUGGACCCUGAGAUUCACCACGAGCCACAGAAAUUCAAGUAUGACCGGUUCCUUAAUCAAGAUGGAUCACUGAAGAAAGAUUUUUAUAAGAGAGGGAGGCUGCUGAAAUAUUACUCAAUGCCUUGGGGUGCAGGGACCAAUGGCUGUGUGGGAAAGCAGUUUGCCAUCAAUACAAUCAGACAGUUUGUUUACUUGGUGUUGACUAGCUAUGAUAUGGAGCUUUGUGACCCAAAUGCUCGGAUGCCGGCGGUAAAUGCCAGUCGUUAUGGAUUUGGGAUGCUUCAACCGGAGGGGGACUUGCCUGUCCGAUACAAACCUAGAAACACAAACUAGGUGUUUUUAAAAAACAAGUUAUGCCCAUUUCAACAUAUGCACAUUGUUUAUAUUGUCACUAUGCCUUUUUUAUUUUGUAUUUAUAUUAAUAUUAUAUAUUUUAUUAUUAUUUUUGUAU